GAUGAGCGGCAAAAAUACCACCCCGGAACCUACAGUCAUUUGUCGGCAACAUAAUACUAUACUUCAAUGAAAGCCGACUAAUAUUGUCUGUGGUGUGAGCUUUUUCCCCUUUUUUCUAGCUUGAAUGUCGUUGCGGUAAACCACCCGCAAGGUUGGAUAUCAUUGCGGAAAAAUGAACAGAAGUUCGGGACAAUACGCCAGUCAAGGCCACGCGACGGAAAGCCUGCGCUGCCUGCACUAAGGCAAAGCGGCCGUGUUCCAAACGGUGGCCCUGCUGCGACCGCUGCGAGCGGAAGAAUGUCCCUUGCUGAUAUUCGCCGAUCAAUGCGACCGCGAGAGACUACGCGGCAGCGAACGGCGGGUCGACGGUCACGGGAAAAGUUCCGGCUCCCGCGGAAGAACCGCUCCCCAUACACAUGGUCGGCUUCGAACCGUUCUACUCAUGCGCUGAGGAGACGGACGCCGACGAGACGAACCACCCGUGUUCUCCGGGAUUGGCAAGGGAUACGAAGACGAUUCAGCUGGAGCACGACUGGUUUUACAAACCCGACUCCUGGACGAUCGCGUACACCAGCACGCCCGCGUUUCCCGCCUCGGCCUUCGACAACGCGGCCUGAAGCAGUACGUCGCCACGGCUCAGGCCUGGCUUCGCCAGUGGGCCACGACGGGCAGGUCGCCGUUGAUCCACCACCGCCUGUACAGCCAGAAGAUUCCCCGGUGCUUGCAGGACGUGUAUAUGCUGUUGACGGCUUAUCUCGCGAGCACUCCCGAAAAUUCGGACCUGUGCUUCCAAAUCGUCCGAGAACGCGCGGCGGGCAUCGUUGGGAAGCCCAGAGCCCGCUGCCGGACCCGCUGAAUCACCUUGUUCGCGUGCACGCGCUCUUCGUGUACCAGGUGAUCGGCCUCCUCGACGGCGACAUCGCCAUGCGCGCCGCGGUGGAGAGCCGCAUGCCGACCCUCACGGCCUGGGUGGGCGAGAUGUGGGAGAGCGCAGGGCUCGGCGCGAACCUUUACUCGGCGACGCUGGAUAAACCACCUCACUGGGAGACCUCUGUAACGACUCGACCAAAAUACAUAUAUUCCAAGGCUGCGUUAGUAUACUGCACAGCGAAUAGGGCGACCACAUCUUGAAUUAUACCACCGAAAUCUUAUGCUUACAGCCAUACAAAUGCCACAUUAAAGUCGCUGAAUC